AAAAUGAACUUUUUUUUUGUUUGGUUAUGUUUUUUGGUUUUGAAUAAAUGUGCACGUACCUACUCAUGAUAUAUGUUCGUUUAAUUGGUUUUGUAUUUGAUUUCCGCUAUGAACCAAUUAUAUUCUAAUCAUGUUUAACAUAUUAAUAUAGAUGCUACAUAAUAUCCAUUGAAAAACCUAAAUAUCGAAUUUAUAUAAGAAUUAAGAUUCUAAUAAUAUAACUAUUUUAAUAAUAGAGAAACCGGCGCGUAGCGCCGGAAAACCCCUAGUAUUCAAUAAACAAAAGACGUGAAAGCCACCAAGGGAAACAUGGGUGGAUAUAUAAUCAAUGGAGACGCUUUCUUUUGUUGUCAAUAAGUCACUUCACAAUUGUUUUAAAAUGUUUAACAAUGCAAAAUGAUUCUCUCUCUUUCCAAACAUAUGUAUUUUGACAAAAAAUUGUUUCGCGAUUUUUAGAUUUUCAAUGCAGAUUUAAUAAAUUAAAAAGAAUAAAUUGGUAAUUUGAGAUUUUUUGAUUAAAACUAUUGGUUUAAAAAUUAUAAAAAAGUUUUCUACACGCAAAUCAAGAUAUUUAUUGAUAUACAGUAAUCAUUUCUUAAUAUGUGUGAAAAGUCUAUAAAUAUCUAAACAUUAUGGAAUGGAGAGAGGAGAGGUAAGGUGUACUAUCUCCGUUCCACAAAGAUUGUGGUUUUGAGCUUUUUUUUUUUUACAAAGUUUGAAGUUUUGUGUUUUCAAUACAAUUUUAUAGUUUAUUUACCCACUUUGUCAAUAUUAACUAAGAGAGUUACUACAUGUAAUAAUUAUUUUUUUAAAGAAAAUUAUUAACCAUACUAUGUUUAUUUUCAGAAAUGUUUUUCUUAAAGUGUGUGAAAACUUCAAAAAUACAAUAUUAGUAACCUGUGAGUAGUAAGGGGAGGAGCCAAAUAAGAUGAGAGAGGCUAUUGGCAAAGGUUCUUGCUUGGGACUUGGGAGCUUCCUGAUCCCAAAUCUGCUUUGAAUAACAAUCUUUUUUAUUUUUCUUUUCAUUUUUUAUAAUUAAUUUAUUUUCAUUUCCUCUGGCUCUGGCUUUCCCUCUCUUUCGACUUUUUUUUCUCUCUCCAGGUGCUCAUUGAUUGAUUCACCUGAAAUUAUCAGUUUCGUUGAACGGCAUUUUGAGGCUGAUUGUCUUGUUUCUCUGGCUCAAAGUAUAAGGAAAUUCAAAAAUUGUGGAUCGCGUCCUUGCUGAGAGAUAGCAGCGAAACUGAAAGAGGAGAUCGAAUCAUUUGAGAUGGCUAAUCAAGGUGGUUCGUCAAGGAAAAGUCUAUCCUUCUCUGGUCAGUCAUUUCAAGGGAAGAAGAAACCUUCUGAAAACAAUGAAGGAGGAAGCUCUGACCUCCCACGGAGAUCUCUCACAUCUUCUCGUUCUUCCAUAAGCUUGAGUGGAGAAAGGAGUGGAGAGAGAACUGUAAAGCGACUUAGGUUGUGUAAGGCACUUACCGUACCCGAUAGCACAACUUUACAUGAAGCAUGUCGGAGGAUGGCUGCACGUCGUGUUGAUGCCUUACUGCUCACUAAUUCUAAUGCCUUACUUUGUGGGAUCCUUACGGACAGGGACAUAGCAACAAGAGUUAUUGCUAAAGAACUCAACCUUGAAGAAACUCCUGUUUCUAAAGUUAUGACCAAGAACCCCGUCUUUGUUUUGUCUAACACGAUCGCUGUUGAAGCUCUUCAGAAGAUGGUGCAAGGCAAGUUUAGACAUCUGCCAGUGGUAGAGAAUGGAGAAGUUAUUGCACUUCUUGAUAUAGCAAAGUGUUUAUACGAUGCAAUUGCUCGUAUGGAAAGAUCAGUUGAGAAGGGUAAGGCCAUCGCUGCAGCUGUUGAAGGUGUUGAAAAGAAUUGGGGGACAUCUAUCGCUGGUCCAAACACUUUUAUGGAAACACUUAGAGAACGAAUAUUCAAGCCUUUGCUUUCGACUAUAAUUCCAGAUGAUACAAAAGUUUUAAAGGUUGGAUUGGAAGAGACGGUGUUAGCAGUAACUAUGAAGAUGGUGGAAUAUGAGUCUAGCUCAGCCAUGGUGAUGGCUGAGAACAAAUUAGUAGGGAUUCUCACUUCAAAGGACAUCUUAAUGCGGGUGAUUGCCCAAAAUCUUCCUCCAGAGACAACUGCUGUGGAGAAGGUUAUGACACAAAAUCCAGAGUCUGCAACAGUUGAUAUGGCAAUUGUUGACGCUUUGCAUAUCAUGCAUAAUGGAAAAUUUCUUCAUCUUCCUGUAUUAGAUAAAGAUGGAGAUGUUGUCGCUGUGAUUGAUGUAAUCCACAUAACUCAUGCUGCUGUUACCACGGCUGGAAGUACAGCUGGAAUAAAUAAUGAGACAGCAAACUCAAUGAUGCAAAACUUUUGGGAUGCCGCUAUGGCUUUGUCUCCUAACGAAGAUGGAGAUGAAACAACGAGGAGUGAAGACGAAUCAUCAAUUAAACUACCUUCGGAGAUAGAAGGAACAAAGUCAUUCUCAUAUCCCAACACAUUUACUUUCAAACUACAAGAUAAAAAGGGACGAAUGCAUAGGUUUAUGUGUGAGACACAUAGUUUGGCAACUCUGAUAACUGCAAUACUACAACGGAUGGGGGAUGACAUUGAGCCUGACAACUUGCCUCAGAUAAUGUAUGAAGAUGAAGACAAUGACAAAGUCAUUUUGGCAUCAGAUAGUGAUCUUGUAGCUGCCGUAGAGCACGCUAAAUCAAUAGACUGGAAGGGUUUGAAAUUGCACUUGGACUACGUGGAAGCGAGAGGGCAUAGGAGAGGUGUAAGCACAGAGGAUAUGGAAUACGAUAAAUCAAAAUCAUGGGCAGUCGCUUACAAGACAGUUGCAGCCGGGGCAGCUCUUGCCGCUGGACUGGGGGUUUUGGUAUACCUUAAGCGCCAUUCAAAUUAACUGAUUCAUUUUUUUGGCGAGGUACAAAGGUGGAUGCUUUUGCCAACCAAUGUUUGCGCAUAUGACUGGGAAAAGUAUUAACCAUUCUCAUUUAUUCGUGUGCUUUUCUUUUAUCUUGUUACUCAUUCUAUUUAAUUUUUUGUUUUUUAACCUUACACAUUUUUUUGUAUAUAAAUAAGUAAACUUAUAUUGGAUGAUUUGAGUGACGUUCAGAAGUUCAAUGAAUUUUUAUCUUGCUUGA